GGACAAAUGGUAAAAGGUCUAUGUGGCCCACCAUAUGAAAACUGACUGAGGCACGUCAACUUAUUUUCGUUAUCUUACCACAGAUCACGGGGUGAUUCAAUACUGGUCAACAUUAUAAAACCACCUUCUGAAUGUGUGUACUAAAUUCCCAUAGGUAAUCGGGGUUUGACAACGCCUUUAGAUUCAACACCUUUAUAAUUUAUGUAUACUAAUCCAGUGAAAUCAGAAGUCAGAAAUGAAGAGAUUUGACGAUAUAUUUGGAAAGCUACCGAUUUGUAGAGAAGAAUUUGAUCUAAGAUGGUUAACAGUUGUAAGGGAUGUGUAGCACGGCGGACUUACUCGUGAGGUGGUGCGGAUGUUCCCCUUCAAUGGGUGUGUCCAGCAAAACCAGUGAGGUCACUAUCAAUGUAGAAAACUUAAAGACCUAUUUAUAGUGGAAGUUUGUUUAUCGUUACAGCAUAUCUAACAGCGAUUUCGGUAUCAUUAUGUUUUAUAUUUUUCAUCCAGGGUGAUCCAAUAUUAGCUCAUUAUAUACUGAACAAUAACCUUGGUGUUAAUAUGCCCUAUCUUUUCCUUCCAUCAAGGACUGAUCAUCUGAGAGGACAGUCUGAUGAAGUUCAAAGCUCGAGACAAAAUCAUUUGCGAGUGGAGUUCCAUUUCUUUCACCGAGUAGUGAAUUGCUGGAAUUCUCUACCAAUAUAUGUGCCUUCUGUUGAUAAAUUCAAAGAGAGAUCUGACCUUCACAUUGUUAAAAAUUGCAAGGAUAAGUAUAAGUUGAUAGACUUCCCAUCCUUACUAAUGAAGGCUGGAAAGCCCCAUAUGUAAGCGAGAUCAAAAUCACAUUGAGACAUAAAAUGUUUACUUAACCUUUAUAGUUUGCCACAUCCUGAGACGCUCUGAGUGUCCCCACAGCAUCCCAUGGGCCAAAAAUAAAAAAGCUUACUAAAAGAGUGAAUACUCCUUACUAUCACAUGACGAGAAAAUUUUACCCGGAAUAGCUUCAAAGUUGACAUGAUCACAUCAAACAUGUUAACAACAUCAAUAGAAGACUGAGGACUUAAGUUUCCACUCACAGACAUGUCUCUUUCAGCUGGAACAAUGAAUGAAUAUAUUGUCAAAAACUGUAUUCUACUUCCGCCUUUUUCUCACUUGAGUUCAAAUCAGAAAGGUCAACGAAAGUGUGCUUCUUCUUUAAAAAUGACCUUGGCAGGGGUUGUCUAUAUGAAAGAGGCUUCUUACGUACACUCUAUUUUAAAUAGUAAACUCUCGAAGUAUUGUGAUGGGUGUUUGAAAAGCAUUCCUAAUCUUUGGUCAUGCUCUUCUUGCAAAAUAAUGAUGUAUUGUUCCCGCGACUGUCAGCGUCUUAUGUGGCGUGUGCACAAACUUGAAUGUAAACAGUACAUUAACUGUGGACGCCUACCGAUAGCCCCUGUCCGUCUUAUUUUAAGGAUUAUCAGUAUGCAGGACUCGAAGUGCUGUAUCGAUUCUCUUAUCUCCCACGAAAACGAAAUACGCAAUAAUUCCAAACUUAUGGAAAAGUAUCACACAAUGAGACUAACCCUAUGGGAUUUUUUGGGUGGGGAAGUGUUUGCAAAUGAGGGAACUCUUUUCCAAAUAUUUUGUAAAAUUCAAAUUAAUGGCUUUAUGAUUACUGAUCCAAACGGUGUGGAUGUUGGACCCGCGCUUUUUCUCAAAACCGCUCGUCUGGAUCAUUCUUGUGUUCCUGAGUUGCAGUAUGUAUUUUCAAAUCGUCAAAUUAUUCUGUGUAGAUACGCUUCAUCUGUAUGUUCGGCGUCACCCCACAUUAGUUACUGUGAUUGUAUGACAACCACUGAAGAAAGACAAACGUAUCUGUUAAAUAACUAUUACUUUAAAUGUGAAUGCAGUUUAUGUGUAGAUACCGACCGUGAAAAAAAGAUUACAUCACUCAUUUGUUGUUCAUCUGACUGUUUAAGUGAACCACUACAAUUUGACAAACUACCUUCUUCCGUUAAAUUGAAGGAAUAUAACAAUGAUAAACUACCAAAGCCCAUUAUAGUCCGUUACUGUUUUGUAUGCCUCCGAGUCUACGAUGAUAAGCUAAUAAAUCAAAUUGCAGAUAAUCUGUAUGGCAAAACUGAAGUACAUUCAGAUGUUGAUACUGCUCUAGAUGCGCUAAUCAUGUACUUACGCUGUUGUCAAAUUGAUGAACCUAUACAAAAUAUCCAAUUGAAAUCAGUUAAGGAUAUACAACUUGAAGAAUCUUGUUCUUAUUAUAAAUUAUUUGGCCAUAAAGACAGUUUAUACUUAGCACGAUGUUGUUCUCGUGUUCGAUUUAUACAUGCAAUACCAUUGAAUUCAUUACUGGAUAAUUUGAAUGGUCGUCAUCAAUAUAAUAAAACAAAUUUCAAAGUUUUUAAAGAUUCCCUCGUAAAUAUUGUUAUUGCUAGCAGUUUGAGUGAAUUCUACUGGAGAACAACUUGGUUAUUGUCAGAUCGUUUACAACUUGGUCGUCUGGUUUAUUCAGUCACCUCUUUCCUAUUAUCCCAUAUAAGUGAUACUAGUGAAUUUCACAACUGUAACCGAAUGGAUAAUGUUAAAAAUUAUCUGAUACAUCCAUACAAUGCAUACAAUAAUUUAGAUUGUCUAGGUCGUGUUUUAUGUAAAUUUUCAAGAAUAGCAUAUGAUAUAUUAAGUCCACUAGCUGCUUAUAAUCCUGAUUGGCAAAAAUGUAUGAGCAUAAUUGAGUAUUAUAAAGCUCAAGAUAUUGAAGAUAUUGAUAUAAUGAAUAAUCACCUGAAAUUAGUGUGAUUUACUAGAUUUUAUUUUAAAUAACUUUGAUGUUCUGAUUCAGUACAUGUACAAAUCCUUUACAAAGUGCCUUUGAAUUUCAAAUAAAUUCGAAAAGAUUUGAUUCUUUUGUUAUACAAUUUAUUUUGUAAAGCUGUGUAUUUAAUUAUUUACUUUUCUCGAAUAAAUCAAUUUAUAUCAUGAACAAUGACUAUGAAAUAUCCUUCGCUUUGUUACUAUGUUAAUGUGUAUUACUUUACAGCAAUCUGAAUAACUCCGAAAAUAC